AUGCUUCUUGAUAUCCAUGCUUCUAUUCUGCAGCAAGACCAUGCAAACCAUAUUUGCGAGCUGGAGAAGCAACUCAGUAUGAAAGAUUUUGAAGUCAAACUCAAGGGCCAAAUCAUUACACUUAUUCAGCAACAUUGUGAACUCUUCAAAAUCAAUCCGCUGGUUUUUGAAAAUAAAGGACUGUACAAUAUUCUAAGCAAGCUUCUGACAAAGAUUUUGUCGUCCGUUUGGGGAACAAUCAAGAAGGAUUUAAUGAAGUUGAUCCGCUUGAAACUAUCCAUUAUAGAUGCUAUCAAACCUAUAACAAACAAAGGUAUGGAGGUAGACUCAUCCCAUUGGAUCCAAUUUGCUAUUUUGCUUUAUUCUCCUCACAUGAUAUGUUUCAUGCACCCGGAGAUCCGCAGGAAGCUUGAGAAUGAAUUGGAUAUUGAUAUUGACCAGCUUGAGAGGGAGAUGAAUGAGGGAGAAGAAUACGAGGAUUUGAACUCCAACCAUGAUGGGGGGGACUUCAGAGAACAAGAACAUAAGGAGAAUGACAACGAUGAAGAGAGCAACACUCCAGAAAUUGACUCCAAGUCAUCUGGUUUUGGUCUUGACGGAACCCCGGUUGUCUGGACCAAGGUUAAGUAUUGA